AUGUCACAAGCUGAAUUUGAUAAAGCUGCUGAAGAAGUCAAAAAUCUAAGCAAAAAGCCAUCUGAUGAUGAAUUACUAAAAAUUUAUGGUCUUUUCAAACAAGCAACUGUUGGUGAUAACACCACAGCUAAACCAGGCAUGUUCGAUCUUAAAGGCAAAUAUAAAUGGGAAGCUUGGGAUGCUAAUAAAGGCAAAAGCAAAGAAACUGCUCAAAAGGAAUAUAUUGCAUUAGUUAAAGAACUCAAAGCUAAACAAUAA